AAAAAUUGAGCUGUUUUCUCUGUGGUGUCCACAUGUAUCCUCCCUGUGAGUAUACACAUGUUAUCUCAUGUUUGUUGAGGAAUAGUGAUAAAAAACUGCGAUGUGAGAACUGGACAGGUCAUAUAGUUCGUUAAAGAUACUGUUAGAAGAUGUUGAGUGAUUCUGAGGCUGCAGAGCUGCUCUCCUUCCUAACCCCCGAUACACGUCCUGAUGUCAAAGGUCACACCACAGGCUACAUCCUGGGGAUGUCUGGACACAGGGAUGGCUGCCGCUUCCUCCGCUCGAAAUCUGACUUACUUGUGGCCCUGUUUGCUCUGACGUCUGACCCCUCUAUUGCUAUCGUGAAGGACUGUUACCACAUCUUCAUCAACCUGUCAGCUGAUGAGACUCUGCACCAGGUUUUGCUGGCCAAUGUCAAAAUCCUUCCGGUGUUGUUAAAAAGGGUUCUGGAUCCAGGGUACCUGUUCUCUGAUCAGAUCUGCACCAUCCUGUCCAACCUGACCCGCCAUGUAAAGACCUGCAAGACCGUGUUCCAGGUCCUCCAGGAGGAGGUCGGUCUGGCUCAGCUGGUGGAGGUCUUCUGCACUGAAGGGUACAACAAAAAGGCUAAUUUCAACUACCUGGGUCCUCUGCUGUCCAACCUGACACAGCUGCCCGAGGCCAGAAACUACAUUAUGGACAAGGACAGGUGUGUAAUCCAGAGGUUGCUUCCCUUCACUCAGUACCAGGCAUCAGCUGUGAGGCGGGGUGGAGUCAUAGGGACCCUUCGCAACUGUUGCUUUGACCACGCCCAUCAUGAGUGGUUGCUAAGCGACGCUGUGGACAUCCUGCCCUUCCUCCUGCUGCCGCUGGCCGGUCCAGAAGAGCUGACGGAGGAAGAAAAUGAGGGUCUCCCUGUGGACCUGCAGUACCUCCCCGAGGACAAGAAGAGAGAAGAAGACCCCGACAUCAGAAAGAUGCUGCUGGAGACCCUUUUACUGCUGACGGCCACCAGCGCCGGCCGGAACACACUUAAAGACAAGAACGUUUAUUGCAUCAUGAGAGAGUUCCACCGCUGGGAGAAGGACGUCCUCGUUACAGCAGCCUGUGAGAAACUGGUCGAGGUGCUGAUAGGAGACGAGCCGGAGCAGGGGAUGGAGAACCUGUUGGAGGUGGAGAUUCCCGAAGACGUGGAGGUGAAACUGAAGGAGGCAGACAUCAAAGAGCAGCAGGAGCUGGAGAAAGAGCAGGAGAGGAUGAGACGGGAGGAGGAGGAGGAGAAGAAGAAGAGGGAUGCAGAGGGGGAAGACAAAGAACAGGAGAGUGGACUGAUCCGAUAAAGCCUGUUUUCAGACCUGGCUUCAUGGACUGCUUCAUGCUUUUUGUCGAUCGGACUCUGUGAUGCUCUGUGAUGUCAGCUGCUCCAUCACGGCUGGACAACAGCGCUGGGUCGAAAAGUGAGUAAUGACCUAAAAGAAGAGGGUGUACCAGGGAGGGAUUUUACAACCGAUUUUGUUGUUGAUGCCUGAACUUGUUGUGAGGGAUACUCUCCACUGAUACAUCAUCAUCAUCAUCAUCAUCAACAAACUAUUACUGGAUGUCAUUUCUAUUUAAAUGUUGUCCUCAUUUGUCCCCCCCAAAUUUUUUUGUCCACUAAAAACAUUUUAGAGACGGAUCUGACUUAACAAGUUAAAAGUGACCCAUUAAACUUUUUUUUUUUUUUUUUACAGUGGUCAGAAAAGGCGUAACCAUUAAUUUUUAAUGUAGAAUUGCCUUCUUCUGAUAUUAGACAAUAUGUAAAAUUGCCAGUGGGGAUGCACAGAUCCGAUACUAAUAUCACGUCGAUACUGACUCAAAUAGCUGGUACUGGCUUGGUAUUAGGGGUGGGAAUCCUCCCUAUACGAUGUCAUCACGAUACUUAUGCCAUGAUACAACAUUAUUGCAAUAUUCUGCAAUAUAUUGCUAUUUAUUAUCUUUUUUCCAACAACAAAUUUUUCCCAAUUUCAAAUGAUGUCCCCAAAAGGAAACCUUGUCAACAUCUGUUUCAUCUAAAAAGAUACAUUUCUCUUUGUUCAUAUCACUUCAUUUGUAUUGCUGCAAAAUGGGACAAACUAACCAACACAUAUAUGAUAAAAGAUCCAUACUUGGCGCCUGUGUAUUGAUACAGUAUUACCACUGAAAAUAUCGCAAUACUGUAAAGAUUUCUUUCCCCCACCCCUACUUGGUAUCAGUGAAAAUGGGGCUGAUCUGUUUAAUUCUAUGUUUAUAUAAUAUCUACAUUAUAUACUGGAAUUUAAAAUCCUGUAAAAGUUUUGAUCAAUCUGUUGCUGCAUUUAAAAGGUUUACACUCAAUGUAAUUCCUCUUAAUUUUGAACAUUUUUAACCAAGUUGCUGGUGCACCAUACAUGAUUUAUUUAAAUAAUAAAUGACAAAUCACUACAUUUAU